GGCAUAAAAAAAGAAGAGCAUAACCUUCUACGAAAAUAAAAUUAAAAUAAAGCACCCCACCAUUCAUUACUACUUUCCAAUAUUUCCAAUUCACAAAUUAGCGCAUACCGUAUUUGAUGCGCCCUCUCUCUCUUUCAUAGGAGUAAACGACAACCUCUCAAUCUCACUCUAUUGUUUUCUUCAAACUUACAAUCUCAGCCAUUUUAGGUUGUUCUCUUGUUACUUUUCCGAGUUAUCAACAAACAACUUGUGUGUCACUCACACUUCACACCACCUGAAUCAAAUGUCACCUAAAACAAAAACCAAGCUAAAUAUGGUAACAACUGAACUCUCCCAUUCUCAUUCUUACCAUCACGAUUCUUCCACCAUGGCAAAACCCACUUUCAGAAACAAAUCUUCUUCCAUAUUUCUUUCCGAUGGUUUACUCUUCCUCGGAGGAGCAUUUUCCGCUCUUUUACUCGUUUGGGGUUUCUCUUCCUUUACAAACUCCAUCAACAACCCAAAUUUAAAACUUCAUCAAAACGAUGUCAUUUCGUACUCCACUCCUGAUUUACUUUCCGACCCGUUAGACCCUACAUUCUACGACGAACCUGAAAUGGGUUACACCAUUGACGACAAAGUUCAAAACUGGGACGAGAAACGCGAAGAAUGGCUAAAACUUCACCCUUCUUUCUCCGCCGGAGUUAAAGAGAGAGUUUUAAUGGUCACCGGAUCACAACCCUCACCGUGCCGGAACCCAAUCGGCGAUCACCUUUUAUUAAGAUGCUUUAAAAAUAAAGUUGAUUAUUGUCGUAUUCAUGGUUACGAUAUUUUCUACAAUAACGGUCUUCUUGACCCGAAAAUGUCUUCUUAUUGGGCCAAGUAUCCAGUUGUUAGGGCCGCAAUGAUGGCUCAUCCAGAAGCCGAGUGGAUCUGGUGGGUUGACUCAGACGCGUUAUUCACCGACAUGGAUUUCAAGCUUCCUUUAGAACGUUACAAGGAUCAUAACCUCGUUGUUCACGGUUGGGCACACUUGAUCCACGAGAAACGGAGUUGGACGGGCCUAAACGCCGGCGUGUUUUUAAUUAGAAACUGUCAGUGGUCGUUGGAUUUUAUGGACUCAUGGGCCGGAAUGGGCCCACAGAGUCCAGAUUAUGAAGAAUGGGGACAUAAACUCCGGUCAACUUUUAAAGACAAAUUCUUCCCAGAGUCAGAUGAUCAGACGGGUCUCGCUUAUUUAAUCGCGAUUGAGAAAGAAAAAUGGGCGGACAGGAUUUAUUUAGAGGGCGAGUAUUAUUUCGAAGGGUAUUGGGAAGAAAUAGUUGGAACAUUUGAGAACAUUAGUAAGAAAUAUGAUGAGAUUGAAAAAGGGGUGCGUAGGUUAAGAAGGCGUCACGCUGAAAAAGUGAGUGAAAGUUACGGUGCGGUUAGAGAAGAGUAUUUGAGAGAAGCUGGUUAUGGUAAAGGUAGUUGGAGAAGACCGUUUGUUACACAUUUUACCGGUUGUCAACCGUGUAGUGGAAAGUAUAAUGAAAUGUACACCGCUGAUGCUUGUUGGAACGGGAUGCGUAGAGCACUUCAUUUUGCCGACAAUCAAGUUAUUCGUAAAUAUGGUUACGUGCACCCGGAUCUAGGGAAUAAUCUUGUUACUUCUAUACCUUUUGAUUAUCCUCAAUCAUGAAUAUCACCCCCAAGGAGAGUAACGGGGGCAAUCUUAUCUUAUUAAUGGUAUGUGACGUGUGUUCGAUGGUUGUUGGCAUCUCUUAUAGUUUAAUUGUACAUGGUAUCUAACGAUAACGAUCAAUUAUAUAAAGCUAUAUUAUUGUUUUAUAUUUAAAUUUUAAAUUGAUUUUAU